UUGCAUUUUGGUCUCAAGAUAUAAUUGCAUACAUGACUUCCUUCAAAGAAUACAUAUAAAGAAAUUCAUUAACUAUGCUCAAUUGUCCCCUUCAGGCAUUUGCGUCUUUGUUUUAAGCUGGUAGGCACCUCCUCCUGAAAUUCACUACCAAAAUCAUGGACUCCAUUCACAUGUUUAUGAACAUUGUACUUCCUCCUGUAAACAUCCUCGUAUUGCUUUGUUUCUUACCACUUUAUCUUGUCUUCAAGAUUCUUUAUUACAUUAAAAGACUCUUAUUCAUCGAAAACGUUGCCGGAAAAUCCGUACUUAUCACCGGAGCAGCCUCAGGAAUCGGCGAGCAACUGGCUUAUGAGUAUGCAAGACGAGGAGCUUGUUUGGUUCUGGUUGACAUAAAAGAAGAUUGUCUUAAACCAGUUGCUGACAUGGCUAGACAACUCGGCUCUCCGGAUGUUGUACCAAUCGGUGCAGAUGUUUCGAAUAUUGAAGAUUCUCAGAGAUUUGUGGAAGCUGCAGUGAACCAUUUUGGUACAUUGGAUCAUCUGGUAAACAAUGCUGGAAUUGGAACACCAAGCACCAAUAAUGCCGAUGACAUCUUCCAAUCCCGUCACAGACUAAUGAAUGUGAACUUUUGGGGUACAGUUUAUAGCACUCAUUUUGCCAUCCCACAUCUGAUAAAGAGUAAGGGCAAGAUCAUGGUCACUGCUUCAACUUUAGGAUGGUACCCUACUCCGAGAACGACUUACUAUGGCGCUAGCAAAGCAGCUGUGAUAAAUUACUACGAGUCAUUGAGAAGUGAAUUUGGCAGGGACAUUAGCAUAACAAUUGUAACUCCGGGACUUAUAAAGUCGGACAUGUCCGAUAGCCUUGAGAAAGAAAAAAAGGUGAAUUUGGUUAUUCCGGUGGAGUCGAAAGAAAGAUGCGCAAAGGCGAUGGUGAAUAGUGUUUGCCGUGGAGAUAAGUAUUUGGUUGAGCCAUCAUGGUUAAGAGUUCUAUUUCCCUGGAAGGCUUUUUACCCUGAAGUAACAGAAUUUGUUAAUCACUGCAUUGUAUCAACAAGACAUGGCGCGACUUCAAAGAGGAGCUAAGUGAAGGAUUUUUUUGUUCAUUGUAGGUUCGUGUUUAUCUUAACGUUUUCUUUGUCUAUUUUUGCAUGUUACGAGUAAUGAAUAUUAUAUCAUUAGGACAACAAUGUUGAACAAUUUGAAUCAUUUAGCAAACAAUAACAUAUAUCUUAUAGAACCGUUAUCGAUGGCUUG